CCACUAAUCACGCACCAUUCUCAAAAAACUCAUUAUCAAACAAUUUUUAAAAUAAAUUAAAAAACUCCAAAACACUACUUAAACACAAAAAGAUAAUUGGAUUCACGUUCUUCUACUUAAUUCAUUCCAUCCACACACACACAAAACUCUUCCAUUGUCAUUUCUUUCCAAACGUGACACCAACUUCACCAUUCAAAAAAGAAGAAAAAAAAAGGAAAUGGACGAAAACGGUGAAGGAGGUGAAGAGUACUUGUUCAAGAUCGUGUUAAUCGGCGACUCAGCAGUAGGAAAAUCGAACCUACUUUCACGAUUCGCACGAAACGAAUUCGACUCGAAUUCAAAAGCAACAAUCGGCGUUGAAUUUCAGACGCAAAUGGUGGAAAUCGACGGUAAAGAAGUGAAGGCGCAGAUCUGGGAUACUGCUGGUCAAGAACGUUUCAGAGCUGUUACUUCUGCUUACUAUAGAGGUGCUGUUGGUGCUCUUGUUGUUUAUGAUAUUAGUAGGAGAGGUACUUUUGAUAGUAUCAAGAGGUGGCUUGAUGAACUUACUACUCAAAAUGAUAGCACGGUAGCAACCAUGUUGGUGGGAAAUAAGUGUGAUUUGGAGAAUAUCAGAGAAGUGAGCACAGAGGAGGGAAAAACUCUUGCAGAAGAAGAAGGUUUGUUCUUUAUGGAGACAUCAGCACUCGAAUCUACCAAUGUUCAAACGGCUUUUGAGAUUGUUAUCCGUGAAAUUUACAAUAACAUCAGCCGCAAAGUCUUAAACUCUGAUUCUUAUAAGGCUGAAUUGUCUGUGAAUCGAGUAAGCCUGGUUAAUGGGGCAGGAUCAAAGAAAAAUCUGCUCAAUUUUUCCUGUUGUUCAUGAUGAGCUUUUUGCUUUGACUUGGAGUUGAUACUUGUUUGAAUCUUUCAAGAGUAGUUUGUUGUUCUAUACUUUUUUUUCAUCUUCUUUUGGGUCAUUUUCCCUAGCUACUAUUUCUUGCCAUUGUGUUUCCUUCUUCAUUUCCUCCUCCAUGUUUAAGUUCUUAUGACCCUCAUUCCAUACAAUCUGAAAGAAAAAAGAACAGAAACGAGAAAUGUUUUGCUCUUCCAUGAAAUUGCUUGCUUAGUGGGAUGGUCCACUAUCACUUAAAGCUUC